CUUUCCACCUGUACCGUGCGCCACAGAGGAUCUUCGCGUUUCAUUCAUCCAGCUCGAUGGAUCUGUGCGCGGGCUCAGUGGACCUGCAGUGCCGUGAUGCCGCUGUAGAGGACUGCUCGGAGACCGCAGGGUGCCCAGGAGCUGCUCCAGCACCAGAAAAACCUCCUUAUUCGUACGUGGCUCUCAUCGCUAUGGCCAUCAGAGAAAGCGAGGACAAGAAGCUGACUCUGAAUGACAUCUACAGCUACAUCAUAUCCAAGUUCCCAUACUACGAGAAGAACAAAAAGGGAUGGCAGAACAGCAUCAGACACAAUCUGAGCCUGAACGAGUGUUUCGUGAAGAUCCCGCGGGAGAGCGGAGGCGAGAGGAAGGGGAACUUUUGGACACUGGAUCCGGCGUUUAAUGACAUGUUCGAAAAGGGCAAUUAUAGACGCAGGAGACGCGUCAAGAGACCUUACCGGCCUGCAGCAUUACCAUCUGGAUAUAAUUUUGCCGACCCGUACUGUCUGCAGCAGGAACCUGUUUAUUGGCAAAGCCCGUUCGUCAGCAGCGGCUCGUGGAGUCACCAGUCCGGCUCUCCCACGCACAUCUCCAGCUACAUGCUCGGCAACGCGCGCCCUCUGUCUCCGAACGACUUCGCCAAUUCUCCGGUCAGCUAUUAUCACGGUCACCACCCUCAUUUUCACCCGUCCUACAGACCGUACCACCGGCAUCCAAACGCUCUAGUGCCUCUGAGCGGCAUGACUCCGCCGGUGAGCCCGGGCGGAAGCUCCAUCUCCACCUGCAGUUACGCGCCGCAGAACAGUCACCCUGAACUGGUGCACCAUCAGUUUGACUAAUGGCAAACCUCGGUGCUGACUG